GUUUGGCUUUGGUUGGUUGUUGUAGUGUACAUACACAUUGCUCUGUUUUGGAAGAGCAUGUUGACAAAACAUCGGUCAAUAUUUGUACUAAAACGGAUACAAUGAGCGCAGUGUCAACCAGUAGAAAUAACUACAAUAGAAGGGCUUCAAACAAGGGUCUCACUUAAGACCAUGUAAACAUGGAAUCAUAAAACUGAAUUUUCACCGAGAACUCUGUGCAGUGACUUUCUAUUCUGCACUAUUUCACCAGUGCAUACGUGGAAUCGGGAGUGCGUUUUUCUCUGCUGCCCUGCUGUUUUUAUCAUUAAAACUCUCAUGAUAAUGCAGCGCUUCAAUGCUCUAUCACCAUCGUCUGCAAUGGCAGUAUGGCUCGUGCUUGUGAUCCUCGUCAUGUACGGUGAGUUUCAUGCUGUCGUCGGUAAUGUGAUUCGGGAGAACCCGUUGGAUUCGAACACCACCCCGGGGUCGACGGUGGUGCUCCGGUGUGCCGUAAACAACGACCCAAACCAGGCACCGUACACCGUGUACUGGUACAGACACAACCCGACUGAUGCAUACCUUACUAAGGGAACUCAAGUGUUCCAUCAGACUCGCACUGGGGGCUUGUGGCAAAGACUCACCGUACAAGGUAACACGGGAACUGGGGAAUAUUUUCUCGAAGUGCAGAAUGUCCAGAUGUCGGAUGCUGGUGGGUAUAGCUGUGUGUAUUUCCAAGGGGAUACUUAUUUAGGGGAAUCCAGAAUUGCGACUAUAACUGUUUAUGUUGCCCCAGAUGAGGGCUAUCCGUUAUGUAGUAUGGAACCAAGCGGGGUAUAUCUUGAACCAGGACAGAGUGUCACAUUGACUUGUGUAUCAUCCGGGGGCACUCCUAUACCCCGUUUGGACUGGAUGAGUUGGCAUGAGAUACUACCUGGAAGGGUCGAGCAAGACCCCCUACCCAAAGCCACGUAUGAACUUCAGUUAACAGAAACGGACAAUGGAGCAGUGUUCACGUGUGUUGAAGACACACCCGCUACACCCCAACUCAGGACGUGCAGUUUGAAACCAUUCCAUCGGCCGACUAACGUUUCUAUAACAACCUCACCGGUAAGCAGUGGAGAAGAUGCUGUGUUUACCUGCUUCGGCCAAGGCAUACCUAAGAUAACCAAUUACACAUGGACAGUUGCCGGUUUAGCUGCCGAAGAUUACAUCUCGUCAUCCGGUGAAAAGGUUUUCAUUCGUAAAGACAAUGAAGUCUUGAGAAUUAUCAAUGUUAAGGCUGAUGACAAUGCAACUAUUGUUAAGUGCCACGCCAAUAACGAGAUAAAUGAGGAGGGAUCUGCAAGUGCUGUGAUUCUGAUCUCGGAGCUUCUUUUGAGCGGUAAGAACAUGAAACCGAGACUUAACGAUGGUCAAAAGGAUGGAGCUGGUAUCAGCGCAGGCAUCAUCGUUGGCUGCGCCCUCUUUCUUGUGCUCGUAAUAAUAGGAAUAAUAUUUAUCGUGAGAAAGCAUCGCUUGAAGAAUUCGACUGCCAGUCAGCAAGACACCGAGACUCAAGUGAUUGAAAAUCAACCCCUCCGAGUUGAUCCGACUGAUGAGGAAAAUCCUGCUAUAGUCGCCAAGUUGCAGUCGAACCAGAGACCAGUCACAAUCUGCCUUACCCCCAGAGAUGCCAUAGUGGAGCAUAUACGAGAAUCGGAGGAGUCAGGUGGACAACCCAUCCGACCGACUGACGACUCGGGCUCGCGCGUCACUGUCGUCGGUCGUUUAUCGUGUGCAGGGAUGACACAUGACUUUGGUGACAUUGGAGUGAUGUAUUCGAAACCUAUCAAGGACAAGAAGAAGGAACCUGAGCAGCUGUCGUCGGACAAUCCCAAAGAUAAACCAGAAACCGAGGAAGAGUCUAAACCUAAAACAAAACCUAAAACUGCCCUCAGGCCUAAACCCAAGAUUCUCCCUAAACCAGUCAUCUCAGCCCCCAUGCCCAUCCAACCUUCGGAAGAACCUAAGACCCCAAAUGAUACCCAAGAUGAUUAUUCGGAUGAGGAUAUGGAUGGGGAGAACAUUUAUGAGAACAUGUGUCAUCGACCGGACAUUACUAUGGACCUAGGGGAGGAGAUGGAACCAUACCUAAGGUCAAAGUUCACCAACUGGAGUGGGGGUCAGGCAAAGUUGCUCUAAUCAUCUAUAAUAAUAUACAUUGUGAUAAUUGCAAUAUCUAAUCAUUUUUUGUUGUAUGAUGAUAAUGUAACAUUUUAUAGGCGUUUUUAACUCUGGUUUUGACAACCAUCCAUUCCAUCCAGAAGUUUUGUUAUUAUAAAUAAAGAGUGCUAAAAAAAUAUUGGGUGAAUAUAUGACACAACAUGGAGUAAAAUAUUAUACACAUAAUGAAUGUUUAUGAGUGCAAUGGUGCGAAUAUGUUCAUGAGUUGAAA